CUUAGGUAGUAGACGGGUCCCACUGAAUAUAUAUCUGUAUUAGUAUAUGGGUUCAUCUUAUUUUCACAAUGCAGCUCAUAUAUUUGGUCAUAGAUUUGUGGCUGAUGUGUUCGUGUCAACUGACGUCAAGCUCUGCGGCAUUUUCUUGCCCUGACCGUUACGUAUCUGUAGGAUCAUAUUGUAUGUACUACGAUGGGAGCUACCUCUCAUGGAACGAUGCCCGUCACAGGUGUAUGAGUGACGGGGCUCACUUGCCUGUGAUCGAUACUGUGACCAAAAGAGAUUUAUUCAUCAAUUUUCUUAAAAGAUAUGGAAGUCCGGCAGUUUGGUUGGAUGGUAAGGACACCAAUGGAAAAAAUAACUGGAUAUGGUACUCGACCGGUGUCAGCAUUGCCAGCUAUAUGUGGAAAAGUGGUCAACCAAACAACUAUAACAAUGUUCAGGAAGAUCGUGCAAUGUUAUUUCACAAAGGCGUCGCUGUGAGUGAUUACCCAUGCGACCUCUCUUUGUAUCUUGCAUGUGAAUAUGACCCAGGUUCUGUUGCUAAGACAACUGGUGGGAACAGCAAUGGUGCUCCGUGUGUCUUACCUUUUAAUUUUAAGGGUACAGUAUACACGAUUUGCACCAGCCGUGCACAUGACAAACCAUGGUGUGCUACAACUUCUAACUAUGAAACAGAUCGCAAAUGGGGAGUUUGUGUAGGUCCUGAAGUUUGGUUGGGUGGUAAGGACACCAAUGGAAAGAAUAACUGGAUAUGGUAUUCGAGGGGUGUCAGCGUUGCCAGUUAUCUAUGGGCUAGUGGUCAACCGGAAAACAUACGAAACUCUGUGGAAGAAGAUUGUAUACUGUUACAGGUUUGGAGAACCCACGGUUUUCACGAUUUCCCCUGUAGCCUCAAGUUUAAUUUUGUAUGUGAAUAUGACCCAGAUGGGAAUUGGGGUAUCUGGGGAUCAUGGAGUUCGUGUUCCUUGUCCUGCGGUCAAGGUCUGAGGUCUCGUACUCGUUUAUGUGUGUACCCAGUACCUGCUGGCACCGGUAAACCCUGCCCCGGGGCUGACAGACAAACUGAAUUUUGCUUCCCAGGACAGUGCCCGGUGGAUGGAGCCUGGAGUGUCUGGACACACUGGUCAACGUGCAGCAAAACUUGUGAUCAAGGCAACAAGACAAGACACAGGGCGUGUAAUAGUCCACCUCCAUCCAAUGGUGGCAAGGGUUGCCCAGGGCAAUUAGUUCAGGUUGAAACCUGCAACGGACAGCCGUGUCCAGCCAAACUCUGUCCUGAUGGGUUCACUGAGGUCACCGACAGCUUGUGUCUGUACAUCUCCGACCCAAAGACAGAGGCAUACAAUUAUUUUCUGUCCAUGAAGGCGUGUUCCUCGCUGUCUCCGCUGUCUCACCUGUUGACAGUUAAGAACAGAUACGAAUACCAGAACGUCGUCAGGUUCUUGUCUGCAACUGCCGAAUAUUGGAUAGGUGAUGACAGUGCAAGUAGCAGCAAUUCUUUGAACAAUGGCGGCACCAAGCUGGGUGGUGGCGGUGGUGGUUACACCAUCUGGGCAUUCGGAUAUCCGUCCGCGCGCUCCCCUACCGAUUGCGUCGAAUUAAGCGGGAAGAGUGGAGCGUUUCUGUGGAAAGGAGCCCCCUGCUGGGAAACUAGACCGUUCAUUUGCGCACUUCGACCCAAAGAUUCAAUGGCACCUAUUGUGGGUUAAAUGACAAAAGUGUUAACGUUUUAAUGGCUCAUCGCCAGUUUCCUUGUUUAAAAAUAUUUUCUUAAAAGAAGAACAAUCAAAACAAACAUUGGAAACAUGCCCUUGUUGCACAUUUAAGUUUGCUCUCUCUCUCUCUCUCUCUCUCUUUCUCUCCCAAUGGUUUGCCUCUACCGUUUAAGUAUUAUAUGUAUACAUGUUAAGAGGCUCGAGCGCUUUGAGUAGUUAUCUUUAAUUUACCUUCGAUGUCAAUAAAUGUUUCAUUC